AAUUGGAAUUUCGAAAGGAAAAUUCACAAUACACCAAAACGCAAAACGCAAAACCUCCCAAUACGAAGGAAAUCAAAACGACGUUUCCUGCAAACCCUAACCCUUUCCCUUCGUCCUUCCUUGCGCCAUUUCUGCGAACCCCUCCCCAAAUCGAAGAUAUCAGAUCGAAGGCAUCCUCUAUUCCUCCCAAAACUGCGACAAGUUGCAACAGCAGCGUUCAUCUCCUUCACAUGGUAUCUCUGCGAAAUGAAGGGUUCAAAAUCGCGACAGCUUUCUGAUCCCGAGUUUCAAGCCAAUGUAUAUCGUAUUAUCUGAGAAUCCCUUCGCCUGAAAUCAUAGGCCUAAAAGGAUACAAGAUUUUAACUACAAACUCAGAGAGCAGCUCUGGUUGGGUGCAGAGGAGAGAACUAAGCGGUAAAGGAGGCGUUUUUAGGGUUUCAGCUUUGGCGUAAUAGCAGUAGAAGGCACUGGAUUCUUGUUGGCACCUGUAAAGCAAAUUUCUUGGAGAUAUAACGUAGAGAUGCGGAGUUAUAGCAGAGGAGAGCUUCAUCAAAAUGAUGAAGAUUUAGAUGUGUAUGAAGAGGAUGGGGAAGGUGAGGAGGCCGAGGCAUGGGAAGAGGAUUAUUACAGAGAAGAAGAUGAAGAAGAAGAAGAAAAAGAGAAAGAAGAUCGAAAGCCAACAAAGGAGGAACUUGAUUACCUUCAGUUGAGGCAGCGGAUAAAGGAAUCUGUUAGGAAGAAAAUGAAGAAGGAAUAUGCUACUGUUUCUAAAGGGUCUCUGGAGAAUAAAAAAAGACUUCCAUAUGACAAUUAUGGCUCCUUUUUUGGCCCUUCACAGCCUGUUAUUGCUCAAAGAGUAAUCCAAGAAAGCAAGUCGCUGAUAGAAACCCAACAUUUGGCUUCCAGGAUCACGAAUCCUCUUGGGAACAAAAAAGCUCCUGCUUCAAUCACUGAAGGGAAAAAACCUGCUUUACACACCCAAGCACAUCGAGUCGUUAAUGAGUUAAAAGUUAAAGCACAGAAGCUCAAGGACGCCCGUGAUUAUUCCUUCCUAUUGUCUGAUGACGCAGAGCUUCCUGCCCCUCCGAAAGAGCCUGCACCUCGAAAUGUUUCUGUCCCAAGCUCUGAUGCACGAUCAGCCCAUGUCUCAUUGAAAAGCAACAAGCAGUCAAUGGACAAGCAUGGAAGCAGGCCAGUUUCUAAUGGUCAUGAAGAAAGAAAACCAAUAUCAAUUAAUCGCCAGAUACAGUCUCAAGCAGGGCCUUACAAGGCUGCUCCUUGUAGACCCAAUUUGACCUCUGCAGAUCCUAGAAAGCAGCUUGGUAGUAAUGCUGGAAAUGGUCCUGGUAGGCCUGUAGGGCCUAAAGGCUUUCCCUCUAAAAUGUCAGCUCCUACCAUGGAAAAGAAGGCACCUACAGUAGGUGCAAAAAAUAAUGUGGCUGCUGUUAAAAAACCAGCCUUGUCGAAGGUAAAUCCGGUGGCUCAGAAGAAACAUUUGGAGCAGAAAAGGGAAAUUCGAGAACCUCACAAAGCAAGGGUUAUGGCAAAACAGGCAGUGCCUUCCAAACCUCAGGUGAAGGAUCCUAAGCAAGGUCCAAUGCGAGUCGCUAAGCAAGAGCACCAAUCCAGGAAGCAGCCUGCAAGGAGGCCCUUUGAUGAGGACGAAGAUGAGCUGGAUUACACUAGCAUUAUCAGAGGCAUGUUUAGGUACAAUCCUGAUAAAUUCGCUGGGCGGGAUGAUGAGGACAGCGAUAUGGAAGCUAAUUUUGAGGAUAUCCUAGCGGAGGAGAGGAAAAGUGCAAGAAUUGCAAGAGAAGAAGAUGAAAGAGAACUUCGCCUGAUAGAAGAAGAGGAAAGGCGUGAGAGGAUGAAAAAGAAGAUGCAGCAGAGAAAGCAGCAGCUAAGCAGGCAGUGACCAUGUGAAUAUGGUCUAUGUUCAGGGUUUUUCUCUUGUUCAAUAAUUUAGUUUACACCCCAACAAUGCCCCCCACCCCAAUUGUAUUCGUGAUGAUUCUCACGAAUUUGAUUAUUUUGGUGGGUUUAAUUACCCUUCUUUAAUAUUGCGAUGUCAGGAAGCGCACAUCAUUGCCAAAGGGGCUUCUCUGUUAAAAUUGUCCUGUUUGGUGGUGUAAUCCACCCCGUUUGUUGUAAAUCCUGCUCCCUUCUCUAGCAGGAACUUCACUGAUCUGUUUCUGUAAUUUUUUUGGGCCAAAAAGUUCUGUUGACCCUCAGGAAAAAAGAAAUGUCGGGAAGGUGCCGCUGCCUUUUUUUUU